UGCAUUGCUAGCAGACGCGCACUUGCUGAAACGUGUCCAAUUUUUUCGCUAUUAAUAUGGACCCAAUUAAAGAACUCGGAGAAAGAAUGCGUGAAGCAGCAUGUAUCGGUGAUAUCGAAACUAUACAAAAUUUAAUCGAAUCUCAAAGAAUUGAUAUCAACAAUGCCAAUAGCAUGAAUGGUUGGACUGCUCUACAUUGGGGAGCCAAGAGGAAUCACAUAAGUGUUGUGAAGUAUCUGAUGGAUCAUGGUGCCGACCACACUAUCCGAACAAAUGAAGGACAAAUGGCAGAAAAUCUUACAAACAACCAGGACAUUAGACUGUUACUUGGAGCUUCAGGGGAUGUCCCACAAAGUCAGUCUAACCUGCCCAUCACACCCAACUAUCUACAAAACCCACCCUUUCCUCACAGCAAGAGCAGGAGCUUGGAUACAAACCAUACUCUGAUGGCCAGCACUCCAGUUGUUACUAACCAUGCAGGACAGGGAGACAAUGAGCUUGUCCUAAAAGCUCGCUUGGCAAAUUCUGAUGACAGAGAUUUUAUAGAAGUGGAGCUAGACAAGAAUAUGUUGACAUAUGAGGCACUACUGAAUUUGUUGUGCGCUGAGCUUGGUGUAGAAAGGAGACUUGUACACAAGAUUCGCAAGUUGCCAGACACCGUUGUUCGAAAAGAUAAAGAUGUCCGACGUCUUGUUGAUUUCCAAGCCUUGGAACUUGUCCUCACUAACAAGGCUGUAAGAGCAUCAUCCCGAAACUAUGGAUAUUCAGGAAGUCCAGGCAUCAGAUCAGAACAAAUUUUGUAUUAAUUUGUAAAAUUUGUUUUUAAAUCUGUACAAAGAUUUUUAAAGAUGUACAGAAAAAUUGAUCACAAAACCGUUGAGAGCACUUUAGAUGUGUUGAAGGGUUUUUUCAUCAUCAGCCAUUGUCACGGAUGUGGAUCAGUGAUUUUUUCAGUUAUGUACAUUAUUAGUUUUUGCAAUAGGUAUAGUUGUUGUUCCUCUUAUGCAGUCUGAGCUAAACACUUCAUAUUCUACCUGCCUGAACCUAGCUAUUGGUAUUCUUUGUAGAUGUUUUAAAUGUUACUGUAUGAUCUAUUAUUUGUUGAGCUUACUGGACUGAAGAAAUCUUUAAUUCAGUCAGUCUUUGGACUAUGAGGCAAAGUUGCAGACCGAAUAUGGUUCAUGGUGUAGACCAAGAAAGGAACUCUCUGGCUGUUCACAUGGGACAUAUUUGAAUCUGUCGAUAAAAUUCACCCCUGUUGUUACACGGGAAUAGAAAUUUGAUCCAGUCUUGUUCAUACUGCUCACCUAUUUCAAGAUUAUUGAAUUGAUUGAGAUAAGAGCCAUCCCCGCCACAGGUUUAUGUUAAAAUGAUGUUGAUUGAUACAAAAUCAAAAUGCUAAAAUAUUACUGGUAUGGGAUUUCAUAGAAAAGAUCAUUGAAUGUUGCUAAUUUAGAAAGAUCGCGUUAAAAAUAUUAAUUUGUAAAUGUCUUUCAAAUGUACAUUUAUUAACAGGUUUAUUGCUGAUUUUAUACCCUUUUACAAGAUGAGUACUGUUGAAGUGUAUUUUAUGUAUCUUGCUGAUUUUGAAUGUGUUCAAUUCAUGUUUGUUUUGGCAUUUUUGGACAAUGUACGUUUGGGGCAAGAUGAAGGCUGAAAAGACGGGUUUUUUCCUAUACCAAUUUUGUAUUACUUUAUAGCACCUGCAUAGAUGUAGUAAAAAGUGACCAGAAAAUCUUUGAUUGGUCUUGUAUUUUGCCAAGGUUCAAGGUUAAACCUUGUCAUUAAAAUCAGUUCUCUUACUCCUGGUUGAUACACCUCUGUCCAGCAAGAGAGGUAUCAAUUUAAUUAAAAUUUCUGAUGUUGUCUGAUUGCAGAAAAUAGAUCUAAAACUUUAGUAUUUUGUACUUUUAAAGCUUUGUCUGUAUCUACCUUUUAAGCUUUGAUUGUCCACCAGACAAACAAGUGGAAUCACAUAUGGAGGACACAGUUUGAGUUUCAUUUCUGUUGCAACAAUCAAAUACAAACCAAGUUAUAUAAGAAAUGAAAGAAAAGUAAUUUAUAUAUUAUUAUUAUCAUUGGUGUUAUAUACAGAGGGAGACAAAUAAGGGAACACUGAAAGUACAAGUGUUCCUUUAUUCUUUUCCAGAUUUCUUCACAAGCUUAGUAUUGCACUGUGGGUGAAAAUCGGAGAAUAUAUAAAGGUACACUGCGAUGAAGUGGUGUUCCCUUAUUUGUUUCCCUCAGUAUAUAAUGUCUGCACUGAUCAAAAUAAUCAAAUGGCUACUUAAUUUACAGUGUUAGCAUAGCUAUCUAGAAUCCUGUUCGCGUGACUGGUCACACAGUGGUAUCAAUUGAAGAGUAUGUUGGUGCCUAUCUUUUUAGAAAAUAUUCAACAGAAAUAUACACUUGUUACACAGUAUUGUAUGCGCCAUAAUGCCCCAGUUCAGCUGAGAUGUGUUUUAUGUUUUUACGUCAGGCAUAUGUACUGUAUGCCUAAGACAUUUGAAGUCUUGUUAGAUGUGUUGUCAUGCAAAGUAUUUUUCAUUUCGUUCUGUUGUAUAUCUGUGCUAAGUGUGUAUAUGUCUUUCCUCCCACCUCUUAUGCUUCCACAAGCUUUGAUCAAACUCUGUGAUGUGAUCUAGUCUGAUUAUGAGUAAUUUUGUGGGUAUGAUUACACUUAAUGUAAAAACUUGAAAAUACAUAGUAUGGGUCAAGGCAAGACAAUUUUUUGUGUUUGGGUAAUUGGAACCAUGUGUGUUUUCUGAGGCCUCUGGUGGGGGUAGUCAGGUGGCUAUUUUGUUUGAGGAUGUAGGCAGAAUAAUUGUCUAUUUGCCAUGACAGGAUCUGCUGAAUCUGAGAGUCACUUAUUACUCACUCAUAAAGAGGUCACCCAUUUCAUAACAAGACACCUUUUUCAACAGUGUUUGGAAACAUCAUUUGUGGAGGGACUGUUAUAUAACUGAAUACUGUUAAAUAAAUUCUACACUCAAAUGGCUAAUCAGCUGGUCAUUUGAAUGGAAAAUACUGGGUUGCUGUACUCUGCAAAAACAGACAGAUAGCCUUUACCUAGCUGAUAUGCUAUUUUCCACAAAACCGCAUCUCAAAACUGUACUAUCGACAUAGUUUACUUGUAUGUCAAGUCUCUCUGUUUAUACAUUUGCCUGUGAUCUGUUGCAAGAUUGGUGAACACAUUAUAGUGCUGUAAGCAUUAUGGCACUAUCAAGGUUCAGAGUAUCACUAAAAACAUGAUCAUCUCAACAUUGGUCUAUACUGACAGCCUUGAACUUUGUGUUGUUCAUGAGAGUAAAGGCCCAGGAACCAAGAAGUUUGAAAUGUCAAUGCAAUCUCGGCGAGUGAAUCUUUUGUUCAGACAAACGGAACUGAUUGUGUAGACUAAUGGUAAUCACAAAAAUAUUCAUUACAUAUGAACCAUCUGCUAAUUCACAUGAACUCUUACAGCCAACAUGACAUCACACUAUGGUCACCUCAAAUUUCAGAUGUUGUAUUCAUUCACCACUCUUUUACCAUCUUCCUCUUUUUGAUAAUGUGCAGAUGAAUUAAGUUAAAAAUUAAUACUACAAUCAUCCCCGUUUUUAAUGCAGAAGUAUUUCCAAAUGUGACUCACUGUCACAUGUAAGAAACGUUUGGAAAUAUAUGUGUAAUAUAAACAGUAUAUAACUUCCUUUUGUUCAUUAGAUACAUUUGGGUGCACACUUCUAAUAACAACAACAUCAAACAGGGACCUAAUCAGUAAUAUCUAUUCCUUCCCACAUUCAGCUACAUGCUGCUACAAUUGAAAUAUUUGUUAGGCAGCAUUCAACCCAACUUUGUCACUGGUCACAUGUCACAGGGAAUAUAUGUAUAUUUUUAUAAAACUACCACAUAUAGAACAAAGGAAUACCACAAUAAUCCUGUUUUAAGACCACUGUUGUGAUACUGGCAGAGAAUUGUAUCUAAGUCCCAACAUUUGAUUCAUGUUGUAAAUAUAUGAUUCCAGGGUGACAUACUGUGUAGGGUAGGCAGGAUACCGAGAAUACUGUGAGCUCUCACCUGUCAUUGCCUGUUGUCACUGCUAGUCAUGGAUUUGCCUGCACAAAUAACACACAUACUGCAAAUUGGUAUCACUGGUGAAUUCAGAGUUGGGUACUAUUGUAUGUCAGACGCUAACCUGUUAACAUGUAGCAGUCCAUCCGUGUGUUUUUGUUACCUCACAUGACUGAACGUCAAGUGAGCUUAUAUCAUUGUGUGUCUUUCUUUGUCUGGUCAUCUGUUUGUUUUCCAUCUGUGGUUGACCUUCACAUCUCUGGAGGGCUUAUGGUACAGAUACUUUGGAAUGAUUAGAGCAAGGUGCCUGUUGAAUGUGCUCAGAGAUUUCAGGUCUGGAUUUUCUGUUCAUGAGUCAGAUGAACUACAGAGCCUAUGGCUCAAGUUUCCACAUCUUGAUUUGGGAAGGAUGUGGCACUUUUUGAAAAUCCUGGAUUUGGCUUUUGAUAUUAAUAUUGUUUGAUUAAAAUGCCUUUUUGGCUUAUAAUGCAAAAUUUCCAGUGUCGUCAAUAUUGAAGUCAGUUUGUGGAGACAUUAGUUCUCGUCCAAGCCGUUUCUUUUAAUGUCUUGUUCAGUGUAAGAUGAUGCUUCUCUUUUUCCAGUACUUCAAAGGAAAUGAUGAAAACUGCUGUGGCAGUAUAACAGUGUCUUCUUUCUCUUCACCGCCAACUUUGUGUUUUUGUCAGGCCUUUGUUUUAGUAUUUCAUACAAAUAGUUAUUGUCCUAAGCACCAUUAUACUUUGUCAUUUAUCUGGUUUUGCAAAAUGUUAUGCUUCUAUUGAUAUUAUUCUCUUUACUCAGUUGUACCAGCCUUUGCCUUUUCUCCAAACCACCCAGGCUGUAUGACCGAUAUUUUCCCACCAUUUCCUUUUACUUUAUACAAUUUUAACUUUUUAGCUUGCAAAAUAAAUCACAUUUUUCAUAUUACAAAUAUAUCUGUAGGUAUUUUUCAUGAUAAAAGAUGUGUGGAUUUCUCAUUCCACUUUCACUUUGAUAUAAAGAAACAAAUCAAAUUACCCCUCAUAAUUUUCCUGUAUAAAUAAACAUGAUUAUGUAUUGAUAAUCAGUCAUCAAGUUUGGUUGAUUUUGAAAGUUCAGUAAUCGCUAUCAUUCAAGGGAGUCAGGUGAGCUACAGUGCCUUGAUGUUGUUUUGAAACACUUUUAGCUCAUUCCAUUCAGAGUCAAAUGUGAUGCCUCCCUGCGUGAUGUUCUGACAAUCUGUCCAUAGAACCUGCUGUCAGGUGGGUCGAGCAAAA